AGAAGCUUCGCGUUCUUCCCAAUUUGAUAUAAUAUUUAGUACUUCUAGAAUUUUCUCAAAUUUGCUUUCAAAUUGGAGCACAGGAUCAUGUCUCUCGUUUUCUUUUUUAAUACUGUAUUUCUUUUAGCGGAUGCUUUGAAGAACGCAAUUACUUGCUUCAUUAUACCUACAGUAUUUCUUACUGCUUGGACACUGCCGCUUUUUGAAAUCGAAAGAUUCAAGGCAUGAUUUAUGCAUGGGCUUUUUAGAGCAUUUGGAAAAC